AUGAAGCCAGUCCCGCUGCUUCUGCUCCUCUCCUCGGUCCUGCUCGCGUCGCUCCUUCGCCCCGCCGCCGGCAGACCGCGCAUCCUCCCCGGCUGGCUGGAUGAUGCCGGCGGCCGCCUCCAGACGCGGCCGCUGGACGAAGUUCUCCUGCGCGCCGCCGCCGCCGCCGCCGCCGCUGCUGCCGCCGCCUCCGACCUGCUGGGCGACAACAUCCUGCGGGUUCUCCGAGAGAGUAACCCGGGUCACCUGCACCUGCUCCCACCGGAGGAGGACGAGGCGGCGCAGCUGAUGAAAAGGAGCGAAGAGCCGCCGCUGUCCAUCGACCUCACCUUCCACCUGCUGAGGAAUAUGAUCCAGAUCGCCAAGAUCGAGAGCCAGAGGGAGCAGGCUCAGCUCAACCGCAAAGUGCUCGACGAGUUCGGGAAGUAAAGCUCGUCUUCUUCUUUUUUGAAACGCUUAUUUAAAACAGCCGAGCCGCUGUCUAAGUAUUCAAGACCUCUGACAUUAGUGGUUUUUUUGUGUGCGCCUGCUUCCCUCUACGCGUCAUUUUACGCACAGGUGGUGCCAAAUUACGCAUCGUCGCACCAUCGAGUUAAAUGUAAAUUGUUAAGUGUUAUUUGAAGACUUUGUUGGAACAUAUUGAAAUUAACUUCUAUUUAAUUCAAUUCACAACACCCCGCCCCUUCCUCCUCCUCCUCUUCCUCACACACAACACACCGGAUUUUUGGAAAGAAGCUGUCGGGUUUGACUUCUCCACUUAACAUUGGAACACAAUUUGUUCCACAAUGUUGUUAUACUUGAACUGAAAAUGACCGAACUGAACUAAAUAUUCACAAAUUACAGUUUUACUUAAAACAUUCUCAAGAUCUUUCUUGUUGACCUCGCUUGUUAAUUAUUUUCAGUGACCGUCUUGAAGAUGAUAUUCAUCUUAAAAGACAACUAGUUCUGCAUAAUGUGAAGUCUUGUGGCAGAAAAGUAAAAAACAAACUCUAUAUUGAACCCUUCUCCAUCUCUUUGUUGUUUCAAAUCAACUCUGAUUGAUCAAACUUAAUGUAAUUAUUGUGCGUGGUCUUAUGCUCAGACAACACUGCACGUUGAUUGGUUGUCCAUCCUCAACGUCCUCUUCUCUGUCCUUUGAGUUGCUGCAGGAUCACUGGUACUGUAUCACCUGUACGCUAAUCUUUUUUUAAAAAAGGAAGA